GUCGAAUGAAGGCGAAUACACAUACCGGUGUGCCUUUCCAACAAUAAUACAAAAAAUCAACUCAAUUCGGAAACAUCAGAACCAUAAUGGCAACCGCGGUUAUGACCGAGGCUGAGCAACACCCCGCGCCAGAAACCAAUGAUUCUAGGAAGCGCAAGCCGCAAAUCGACGAGAUUGAGGUGGACUUGUCGCUACCAGAGCCUCCGUCAAAAAAAGCGAAGCGACUUCUCAAGAAAGGCAAACCCCUUCCCGAAAAACCAAAGAGCGACGACGAAGCUGAAUCAGACGAUGGGUUACCUAUACCCAAGGGCGGCGCAUCUAAAGGCGGGAAGGGAGAUAAGAAAUCCCAGCGCUCUGAACAUGGCAUAUGGAUAGGAAACUUGCCCUUUACCUUGACGAGGGUGGAAUUGUUCAAAUGGCUGGUGGAAAGCUCGGGUGGCAUGAUAAAAGAGGAAAAUAUCACAAGAGUUAAUAUGCCUACGAGUAAAUACAACGGGGAUAGGAGAGACGGCAACAGCGAGGAUGCGCCAAAGACUCAAAAUAAGGGCUUCGCAUACGUGGACUUCAACGUGGAAUCCGCAUCUGUUGCCGCCAUGGCGCUUACGGAAACAGAAUUAAGCGGUCGGAAAGUAUUGAUCAAAAACUCCAAUUCGUAUGAGGGACGACCAAAUAAGGAAACUGAGAAUGGAACUGCUGCUGCCACCGGCGCUACAACAAACGGCAACCAGACGACAGCAGAGAAGACACCCACCAGCCGCAAAAUCUACGUUGGCAACCUCUCAUUCCAAACAACCGAUGACGACCUACGCUCCCACUUUGAUAAGUGCGGCGACAUCGAAUGGGUCAAAGUCGCAACAUUCGAAGACAGUGGGAAAUGCAAGGGGUUCGGAUGGGUCAAGUUCAAGGAGCCAGCAGCAGCAGGAUGGGCAGUAAAAGGAUUCGUUAAAAUCAAAGAAGAAAUCGAGACGGAGGAAGAUUUCCGCGAUGCGGAUGAAAAAGCCAACAGAGACGGAGAGGCGCAGGAGAAGAAGUUUAAGAUGCGCAAAUGGUGGGUCAAUCGUCUCCGGGGGCGCGAGCUGAAGAUUGAGUUGGCAGAGGAUGACCAGGUAAGGUAUAAGAAGAGAUUCGGUAAGGAUAGAGGUCUUCAAGGGGCGGGGAAGAGGGAAGGCGGCAGAGAGAGACCGCAGGGUGAGAAGAGGGAGCCUAGACCGGCGCGGAGGACGGAUGGGGAUGCGAAUGCUGAUAGGAAGAAGGAUGGAGCGGCGUUUGGGGAGAAGAGCGAGAAGCCUGCGAAGCCUGCGAAGCCUAAGUAUGGAGACGCGGGUGUGGCAACGUAUCUUACUGGUGCUGUUGUUAAGCCUCAGGGCAAGAAGAUUACGUUUGAUUAGAUUGUUCGGAAUUGAUGGAUAUUCCAUCUUGUGUAUGAAUCCGUAAAGGGUGGCUUAAGUCUUCUAUGUGAUAGUUACAUCGCUGCAUGUAAGUCGCGAAAUAAGAAAUUAUCACCUUUUACUUUUGUAA